UUUAAAGGCCAUAAAGUCAGUGAAGGUCAAAAGUAUGUCAAGUAUGUCACCUGAGACAUCAUCAUUGUGCUGCCUGAGGAUGACACAUCCAUAGGGAAAAGUGAGACAAAGUCAUGGAUUCGGACGAGGGUUACAAUUACGAAUUCGACGACGAGGAAGAGGAAUGCAGCGAAGACAGCGGCGAAGAGGAUCCCACGGAUGACACCCUGGAGCUCGGGGAGGUGGAGCUGGUCGAUCCCGUAGUGGCCGGGGGAGACCGAGACGACUGCGGGGAGACCGGAGGCAGUGGCCUGGGGCCCGGACAGGAUGAGGAAGACUACCGUUUUGAAGUUCUCACCGCCGAGCAAAUCCUGCAGCAUAUGGUGGAGUGUAUCCGGGAGGUCAACGAGGUCAUCCAGAAUCCUGCUACAAUUACUAGAAUACUACUUAGUCAUUUCAACUGGGACAAAGAAAAGCUGAUGGAGAGGUACUUUGACGGUAACCUGGACAAGCUGUUUUCAGAGUGUCAUGUUAUAAACCCCAGCAAAAAGUCUCGGACGCGCCUCAUGAACACAAGAUCGUCGGCACAGGACAUGCCAUGUCAGAUUUGUUAUCUCAACUAUCCUAACUCGUACUUCACCGGUCUGGAAUGUGGGCACAAGUUUUGCAUGCAGUGCUGGGGAGAUUACUUAACCACCAAAAUCAUAGAGGAAGGAAUGGGACAGACUAUUUCCUGUCCUGCUCAUAGCUGUGAUAUUCUGGUGGAUGACAACACGGUCAUGCGACUGAUUACAGAUUCAAAAGUGAAGUUGAAGUACCAGCAUUUAAUAACCAAUAGUUUUGUAGAGUGCAACCGACUGUUAAAAUGGUGUCCGGCACCUGACUGUCAUCACGUUGUCAAAGUACAGUACCCAGAUGCCAAACCUGUACGAUGCAAGUGUGGUCGGCAGUUUUGCUUCAACUGUGGAGAAAAUUGGCAUGAUCCAGUAAAGUGUAAGUGGCUCAGGAAAUGGAUUAAGAAAUGUGACGAUGACAGCGAAACAUCAAACUGGAUUGCUGCAAAUACAAAGGAAUGCCCGAAAUGCCACGUCACUAUAGAGAAAGAUGGUGGCUGCAACCACAUGGUAUGUCGGAACCAGAACUGCAAAGCAGAAUUCUGCUGGGUUUGCCUGGGACCCUGGGAGCCACAUGGAUCUGCUUGGUACAACUGUAAUCGCUAUAACGAGGAUGAUGCCAAGGCAGCAAGGGAUGCUCAAGAGCGUUCCAGGGCAGCCCUGCAGAGGUACCUGUUCUACUGUAACCGCUACAUGAACCACAUGCAGAGCUUGCGCUUCGAGCACAAGCUGUACGCGCAGGUCAAGCAGAAGAUGGAGGAGAUGCAGCAGCACAACAUGUCGUGGAUCGAGGUGCAGUUCCUGAAGAAAGCCGUGGAUGUUCUGUGCCAGUGCCGCUCCACGCUCAUGUUCACCUACGUCUUUGCAUUCUACCUCAAGAAGAACAACCAGUCCAUUAUCUUCGAGAAUAACCAGGCAGAUCUAGAGAAUGCCACCGAGGUGCUGUCUGGAUACCUGGAACGAGACAUCUCACAGGAUUCUUUGCAGGACAUUAAGCAGAAAGUACAAGAUAAAUACAGAUACUGUGAGAGCAGACGAAGAGUGCUGCUGCAACACGUACAUGAAGGCUAUGAUAAAGACCUGUGGGAGUACAUCGAGGAUUGAGGCUACACCUCCACUCCACAGACUCUUGGAGAGAAACUCCACCCACUAGAGUGCUGAUGCAAUGAAAUCGGAGCAGCACAGAGCCUCUGCUGCCUCCUCCCUUGCAAACCGCCCUGCAUUGCAUAUUUUUUUCAGUCUUUUGUUUCAUGUAAAGCAUAAAGAGUAAAUUAUAUUUAAAUAAAAAAAGUUAGAAUAUUAAAAAUAAAAUAUUACAUGUACAACAGUAUUGUUAGCAACGUGAAGCGCAGGACUGAGAAAUCCAACAAAAACACAAAAUAUUUUUAUUUUGCUUGCAUUGUAAAAUCUUGCCCUUGAAAAUCUUUUCCCUGCUUUUCAAUUGUGUUUGUGGUCGUGUUCUGUUUGACUUUAUUUUAUAUAUUCUUUUUGUGUGCGUGUGUGGAAAAAAUUAUUUUGUUUUCAAAAUGGCUUUAAUAAUUCUGACCGUGUGUGGCUAGAUCUGUGUUUGGGUUGCUGAAUGUUGAUUGUAAGGAAGUUACUUUGGGGUUUCAAACGCUGAUAUAAACACAAAAAGAAAAAAAGACAACAAAUUGGUAUUUUUCAAUUUGUAAAUAAUGCAUAUGCAUGGAAGUUAAAGAGUAUGAGUGGGAGGUGUUUGCAUCAUUUUUAAAGAUAUUUAUCUUUACAAAUAUUAAAAAACAAAUGUAUAUUUGCUGUGUAGAUUGAGUGUCUUUCCCUAUCUUUUGUCGGCCCUUUUAGGAGGUUUGGACUUGACAUAUGCUUGAUAUAAAUCAGUAGUCCGUGUCCAUCCCUACAAUUGUUUCUCUUGCUCUACAAGACUGAGCAGGGCUGUAGUCUGCCAAUUCAAGCAGAGCAUGCCAAGGUGGCGCAUUAUGCCUACUAUUAAGUCUAAAGCUGUGAGCGCUGCAGCAUUCAUAGAUGGAGGAAAUGGGGCUAGAAUAAUUUCUGCUGCUUUAGAGUUCAAGCUUUUAAAGCAGGACAGUGGUUUCCUCUGCUCUUCCUCUUUUGCUGUCAUCCCUUAGAUAGAUUUAGUAUGUAUGAAUACUUUCUGAGAACCAAAUUGAGUGACAUUCACUCAUAUAGACUUUUAUAUAUUUUCUUUGUCUCUCUGAAGUUCAUUCUUCUUCCCAGACCCAGCUUGAGGUUGCACAUAGAUGAAAUUGUACUGAUAGGCCUGUUGAGCUGCUUUCUUGACAGCGUUUGUCAAGUGUUUUGAUGGAGCCAUUGACAAACAGGGUUAGGCAUUUUCCACAUUAUCAAUUUUUGCACACCGCUGAACUAGUCUCUGCUGUGUCAAAGUGAGACUCCUCAUUGCUUUAAUUUUGUGUCAAAUAAUCAUGCAUUUGCACCUAAAAUUGUUUCCAAAGGGCCGUUUGAGUCAUGAUGUUGUUUGCAGGGAAAAUAUGGUGUAACCUUUGUACUGUGAUGUUGAAUUUGUGUACACUUUGUUCAAAACUGGACAAAUUGUGUUUGCAUACACCGUGACAACCAUUAAAGCACCGACUCCCCCUCUGCAGGGGUUCAGGGUUAGACCCAGGUGGGACAUGCACACAGUGUUAUUGCAGAUCAAGUUGCAGUAGUCAGACAACGCCAAAGUGUCAAUUUCUAUCUCAUGACUUUGUUUCCCAGUUUUUUUGGGCCAGGUGGAAGGCUGGAUAUUUGGCUCACAAACAAUGACUUUUUCUUUCACUUUUCACUUUAAUUCAGAUGAAAAUAAAUGUACUAAUAUGCAUUCAAGUUUUUGGAAUGCUGUCAAUUGAGUUAUUUUUUUGUUUGCCUAUUAAUCUUUCUGCAUUGUGUACUGAUGAUUGCAAUUGGUUUUCAUGUAAAUGGAGUGCUGAGAUGUUCUUCCAGGUAAACAUGCAUUAUUUGACAUUAAAUACAGAGCUAGAAGUUUCAUACAGGCAUAAUGCAUAAAGAAUAUUUCGUAAGGCCUCAUACAGGCUGCAAAAAUAAAUGGAAUGGCUGUACUACCCCUGUGUGUGUGUAACUCCCCUUCAGACUGGUUUGCUUCUCAGUUAUGCCUAUUUGAUCAUGUCUGGUAGUUCUUUAACAUCCAAAUGUAACAUUUACAGUAACAAUAAGCAUCUACUCUCAUUUGAGACAUCCAAAAACUUUUAAUACUUUUCUACAUUUGUCUUUACGCUAUUACAUUUUUUGAUUUCCUAUAUACAUAGUGUACAAAUGUGUAAGAAAUUAGUUGUUCGUUUUGAAGAAAAAUAUUAAAGUGCAAAAUG